UUUCCUGCCGCGCUGCUGCUUUGACUUUUUUUUUUUAAAUGUUCCGCCUUUGUUAGGUCUGCACGCGUUUUCUCAAUAGUUUUUUCUGCAUUUAAGAUUGCCACGUAUUUUAUAUCAAUUGAAUUUGAUGGUGAACGCGUAUGGCGCAGUAUGUUGCUAUGUACAAAUAGAAUUUGAACGGCACAUGAAUGUAAAGACAUGAAGGUGCACGGGAUGCAUUACAGGGAGGACCUCUAGCUCUGCACGGAAUACAUCAGCGCUCCAGAGGCAGAAGUGGAUCCAUUCGAGGAGUAUCGCAUUUUAUGUGCUGAGCUGGAGUCCAUGUGAGCCCCGAGAUAAAAGCAAUACAUUUGCACUGACCAAAAUAUGUAUGCUGAGCCAAAGCACUGUUAAAACGACCUUCCAGUCACCGGAAAUUUCGAUUUAGCAGACAACCAGAGCAGUCUGAAGUAUUGGGGCAAUGCUUGGACUACAAGGAAAGGCAUCAUCCUCUAAAGUAUCGGUGUGUGGCCUGUUCUGCUACCUUCACUGGGCUGGCGUCUCUGCUGGUUCAUCAAGCAACUCACGCUGGAACAUUGCCUAAGCCUUCAGCAAACCCCUCUGGCUCCAACCUUCUCUCCACCACACCAAUGUAUAUAUGUGACUGUGGAGAAGAGUUUAAGGAUUUUAGUGUUAUGAUUGAACAUAAACAGACCCAUGUCUCUGAAGAGCAGUCUCACCUAUUAUUUGUCAAUAAUGAGUCAACUUCCAACAAAGAUUUAUCCAACACAGGAUGUAACCUGACUGCAGCCCAGACAAACGAGGCUCUUGGAGAGAACUCUGCUCCUUGGCCUUCUGUGGAUGAGAACAUUUCAGAAAAUGAAGACCAAGAAAAACCUGCUGCUGUUACUAGCACUGAGGACCAUAUUCCUGUGUUGGCAGAAGCUGAGCAACCACUAGAAAAGGAGCUAGCAGCACAAGAGAUGCCAGAGGAGACUGAAGGAAAUGUAAUGGAUGAACCUGAGCCCAAGCAUAAAUCCCUGAUGAAGAUCCUGGCAUCUGCAUAUGGAAAGCACUUGGCGCUUUCUCAAUCUGAAGAUGUUGACAAAGUCAUGGCGUCUCUUAAAGAAGAACCUGAACUAGUUGUUAUUGCACCUCAAACAACAAAAGUACCAUCAACUGUCACUGAUAUGUCAGCCAUGCAAUUAAAGCGUCUUCUUGGGAAACCAGGCACAAAGACAAAAGCUCCAUCUAUUAGCAGACUUCUUGAGUCCAGUACAAAGAAGAUAGUUUCUCUUACAAAAAUCUUUUCACCUGUAGUGCUUCUAGAAACUCGCCAUAAGUUUAUGGAUCCAAGCAGCAAUAACAUGUAUGGGAAAUAUCAAUGUGCUCGCUGCCGAAGGGUUUUUCAGGAUGUCGAUAGCUUGACAGAACACCACUUUUUGCAUAAAAAGGAAAGAAUUAAGUGCUGCCGUUGUUGCAAACAACUCAUUAUUGGAAGAGUACCUCUCCCUGACAAUCACGUCUGUCCUCAGUCAAGAGCAAAGCCUCCAUAUUCUAUCAAAAGUACUGCAACAAAUGGUCAAAGACCAAUGCUCAUAAACAGCUUAAACAAUAGAAAAAAGGUGUACUUUUGCCCUAUUUGCAAGCACAAUUAUGCUCGGAGGUACAAUCUUAAAAUGCACAAAUGUCGUGGCCCUGUUCCGAGCCCUCCUCUACCGACAAAAUCCUUGGGCAAUUCAGCAGAGACACUGAUCACUGUUCCUGAUGAAGGAAACAGUUCUCAAAGUAUUGGUAUAGGCACCAGGAGCAUAAAAAUUGAGGACACUUCAGACCCAGAAUAUGAAAAGGAACUUUCAAAUCUGAGUUGGUCUUCUGCAUCAUCAAUAAAGGACCAGCAUAAAAAUGCAUCUGCAUUUGCGGCAUCUUUUCUGCAAGAACAGGACAGUCAAUGGUCUACAUCCGAUAAAGAUGAAGAUGGAAGUCAGUGGACCAUGCCUUUGAAUGAUAUGGAUUUGCUCACCCCUCUAAAUAAAGAUAUAAAUGCAAGAGAGAUGGGUGAAUCGCUGAAUUCAGAUACAGGAUCUGUACCUAUGCACUAUUUUAUAAAAGAUGGAGUCAGGCGUUACCCUUGUAACAAGUGUCAACAAACAUUUUGCUCAUCCUGUAGUUUAAGUCGUCAUCAAAAACUAUGCUGUAAUAUCACAAAAGGUUUGGGGAGUGGGCACAAUUCCAAUAGCACAUCAGUAAAUACCAACAAUGUAAAAAUGUAUCCAUGUUAUGUGUGUGGGAGAAACUUCAAUCGCAAAGAUAAUAUGAUGGUUCAUAGAAAGAAAUGUGAAUUGAGACGGACAAUGAUUCCAAAUUUUGCCAGUGAAAUUAACCCAAGCUUGCCUCCCCCUAAUGCUCCACAGGAUCUCCCUCAGGAGGAUGAUGCAGGCAACUGGAGCAUCAUGUCGCUGCCCUCGGUUCUCCCCAGAAGAGUGACAUGCGAGUGUGGCGUUGGCUUCACAUCUCCCAAACUUCUCCUGGAGCAUUUACAGAAACAUGCUCAGGAGUCCUACACUUGCCCAACCUGUGGUGUCACUGUAAAUUCAUGGGCAGAUUAUGAGAUUCAUCUGCAGCUUCAUAUGCACCCCCAGCAUCAUAAACGGCCCCAACCUUUACUACUACGAUUUAAACAACCCACAACUGUGCAGCAGCCAACUCAGACGAUAGUACCUCCUAAUAUACCUGAAAAACAUCAGUUUCGCCAAGAGCAACUUCUACGCCCAAGAAAGAAGCAGCAAAGGACUGUAUGCGCAAAAUGUGGCAAGAGCUUCGCCAGUCGGUGUUCUUUGAGAAGACACAUAUCCUGGAAUCGAUGCAAAGCGCUUCGAAUGACUAUUUCUAACAAAACCUAUCAUUGCUCUCUUUGUAAUUCAGACUUCCCAAAUGCUGUCAGUCUUCUUUUUCACCAAAGGGGUGGGAGCUGCAAACCUGCCAUCAAACCUGUGCGCUGCCCAAUAUGUCUUCGUUGGUUCACCACCACAGAUGGGCUGCAAAAACAUCUACUUGCUCACAAAAACUCUGACACAUUUCGUUGUGAUGUGUGUCAAGGAACAUAUCCCAGCCUGAAGUCGCUCAAAAUUCACCGGCGAAGAAUCCAUCGUAUUAUGGUGAGGAGUGCCAAUCCAGAUGCAAAUGAACCAGCAAUUUCUGGAUCUGUUUCUAUGUAGUUGCAUGGAAAAUUAGUUUAGCCAUUUAUGUCUUUCUUUUUUUUUAAGAUGCCGGUAAAGGAGAUAUACCACUGUACAUUUUACUUGAUUAACAUCAUUCAUUUUUGUUCUGCAGAUGUUGUCUUAAUGAAAAAUGAAAUGUCCUUUCUGGUUAAAGUUUAACAUUAAUUGUAAAUAGUCUCACAUUUCUGUGUAAUGUAAGGCACUUGAUCUUUUAAGCAGGCUUAUUAUUGUCCAAAAUAAAUACAUAUAAUAAGCAUG